AUGAUAACUUCGCCUCAGGAGAUGAGAAUAUUAUCAAAGAGAUUCUUUGGUAACAAGAUCAUUGAUUCAAUUGUGCUCGAGGAAUUGAAGGAAAAUUAUUAAAAUAAGGAAAGAAUUGCAAACAUUAUUUAGAGAUGUUAUCCUGAAAGUUACAAGUUAUAUUUGGAUUUAGGUAAGAAUAAGAUUGAUAGUAAUAUUAGAUCCUUAACUUCUAAGCAUUUUCAUUUAGUAUUUUUUAAACUAACUUAAUUUUGUGAUUGAAAAAAAGUAUAUUUUUCAAAGAGCUACAUGCCUGUUGGAAUUGAGUGUCCAUUUAUUCAAUAUUUCAUGGGAGAAAAGAUGGAAUCGAGAAAAAUCUUUUGAAGAGUUCAGAUAAAUAAUUGUCAGACAUUCAUUAUAUAGGUUUAUAUUGAUAUUAAUAACUGCAGACCACCACAUAGUGUUUAUAUAUUUAGUUUGGAGAAUUUGAAAGAGAUUUCUUUGCAUUUCCUAUAGACAUUCUUUAGAUUCUAUAGAGCUUACUUUUUCACAUUCACUCCUUGGGUUGACAUAGUGGUGACAACUUAUCAGAAACAUUAAAUUAAAAAGGAUGUGAAAGAUUUAGAGUUGGAGAAAUUGAGACAGGAAGCAGAAUAAUAUAAUGAUUAGAUUGAUCCAGAAAUGAUGGAACAACUAAUGAGUGGCAAUUCCAUAUAUUAGAUUCCAGAAAAGAAGAAGAGGGAGAUGUUAGAAUAACAAUAAUAAAGGGAGAAAUAAGAAAGAAUAGAUAGAGUAUUAAAGAAGAGAUUAGAAGAGUUAUAAUAAGUGUUUGAUUAAAAAAUUAAAGAAUAAGAUGAACAUUUCAUAAAAUUGGCUGAAGAUUUAAAAAAUCCAAAGAAAAAGUGA